AAAAGAACACGCCCCGGUUCAGUAGUUAAGUUUAUAUUUAUAUGUAGAUAAAGGUCUAUGGGAUUAAUCGAUUAAUCAUUAAUCAGUAAUUAAUUUAUUAAAAUCACAUUCAAAGGUUGUGUUUGAAAAUUAACGAGGAUGUAGGUACAUUUUGAUUUUUUUAUUAGUAUUUAAUAAAUAAAAUGGAAAGUAAUAACUACCGCAGAAAUAGAAUGCCUCUCCCAAAACAGGGACAUUUCAGUAAACAAAGAAAUCAGUGGCCUUAUAUUGUAAGGCCUACUAACAAUGUAAAUCAAGAAAUCCUAACGCCAUAUUCCGGUAACAGUAACUUCCAAAGUCAUUCAAAUACUAUUGGAAACAUCCAUGAGAUUAAUGUAGCUUCUAAUUAUGGCAAAAGAAACUAUCAUAAUUUUGUCAACAAAUGUUUUAAAACGAAUUAUCGACAUAGAGAACUUCCAUAUGACAAACAUAAAAGGCAGUAUUACCCAACAGAAAAUUCUUCUGGUCUUCAAUUAUUUGGACAGGAACCCAGAUUACAAAUAUAUUCCGAAACUCCUACGGAGGAAAUAUCACCAAUACCUGAAUCUCCUCGAGAAGCUAAGACAAUACAAUUAAUUAAUGCUGUCAAAUCACAAGAAGGAGUUAAUGGACUUUUGGUCUUCUUGCAAACCACUGGAGAUAGUGCUCCCGUUAUUAUUCAAAAUGCCAUUCAGUCUGUUAAAAAUGGAAUACUAUCUGUAGUAUCUGGAAAGCAACCGCAAACCUAUGAAUUAAAAAUAAAUGGAGAAUUUAUAGCUGAAGGUGAAUUUUUAAAUAAGCAAGCCGCUAAAAAUGGAUUGUGUGAAUUAGCAUUGGAUAAAUUUAGAAAAACGUGUUUUUUUAUUAGUAAGAAAAAAAAUUAUGAAGAGAUAUCCACAGAGGAUCUAAAUAAAGCACAGGCCGAAUCACCAACAUUUAAUGGAAUGGAAGGCAGUAAAGCACAUAAAAUGAUGUUAAAAAUGGGCUGGGGAGGGAAGGGUUUGGGAAUAAAUGAACAAGGAACAGAGAAAACAGUAGCCGAAACUAUGACUCAAAGUGUUACAAAAGAAGGUUUAGGUGGAAAAAGUAUUAUGACAAAAAUUAAUAACAUUUUGAGAGAAUUUGCUCUUUCGACCAAAGUGACAACUUUAGCUUUUGAUCCAGGUUUUACUAAACAAGAAAGAGCUGAUAUCCACAAUUUAGCAGCAAAACUAAAUUUGAAGUCAAAGAGCCAGGGAAAUGAAGAAAAUAGAAGAAUAACCAUUACAAAAAAAAUUGCAAGGUGGGACUUAGUUAAACAAUUAUUAUUAGCAAACUGUGAAAAUGAAGCUUAUAUACUUACAAUACCAUCAGAUUUUGUGAACAUAUGGAGCAACUAAUACAAUUCAAAGAAAAUUA